AUGGACUUGCUGACAAUCUUCUGUCACCUCCUGCUUCUUUUGUGCUUUGAUCCAUCUGCAGCCACAAGUCUCAUUACAGCAGAUAUAUUUGAAGCCAGAGGUCAGCGUGUGUGCAAGGCAGGAAAAGGGAGGCCGUGCUACAAGUUGGCCUAUUUCUCCGAGCUCCGCCGGAGGCUGAACUUCGUGGAGGCGGAGUUGGCCUGCAGACGAGACGGAGGGCAGCUGCUGAGCGUGGAGUCUGCAUCCGAGCAGAAGAUCAUAGAGCAGCUCAUCACCGAGCUCCGCCCAACCGACGGAGACUUCUGGAUAGGUCUCCGCCGUAACCAUGGAGACGGAGACAGCAGCACCAACUGCUCCUCGCAGUACUACUGGCUGGACGGCAGCAAGUCCACGUUCAGGAACUGGCACUGGGAUGAGCCAUCAUGCGGCUACGAGGUGUGCGUGGUGAUGUAUCACCAACCGUCUGCUCCCCCCGGUCUGGGAGGACUCUACAUGUUCCAGUGGAACGAUGACAAUUGUGAAACCAAGAACAACUUCAUCUGCAAAUACACUGCAGAGAAGCCACUGUACCCUUCCCCUUCUCCCAACUCCACUCAGACAGAUGUCUUUCCUUCAUCUGUGCUGCCGUGGAAUCCAAGUGACUCUGACCAGGACAGAAGAACAGCUGUGAAUUUGGUUUACGUCAUCAUUCCCACUAUUCCCCUCAUACUGCUGUUGCUGACAGUGUUGGGAGUGUGCUGCUUCAAACUGCUUGUCAGACGAAAGAGGAAACAGCAGAAAUCAGAAGUUUGCCAGACAGACCCAGGAAUCUGUCCGAGCCCGGCUCCAACCGACGUCUACAACGUCAUCCGCUCCCAGAAGGAUGACGACCUGGUUUCAGCUCGACCCCACACCAAAAACACCUCCUUUCUAUGCUCCUCUCCCGACACACCGACAGGCGACUAUGACAACCUCGGGGGUCGGGACACGGAGAGCGGCUUUGUGACUCUUGCCAGCACGGAGAGCUGCUUCCUCAACUUUGACCUCACUGACCUCACCCUUGGGCGUCGUGGCACCCGCGAAUUCUACGACACCAGCUUGGGCCGCUCAGGAAAAAGAGACUUGAAUGACAGCAGUCUGGGUCGCACCGGGCACAGAGAGUUUUAUGACAGGAGUCUGGGUCGUCGUACAACCAAGAGCGAGCACUAUGGCAGCAGCGUGUACGGGGAUCACGGGCUGUAUGAUGCCAGUAUCAGAGCAGGGAGUGACCUCUAUGAUCCCAAACUGAGGCCUGGAGGUCUCACAGGAAAGGUCGACUUCUACCAGACAUACGUCACCAACAGCAAGGACGACACCUACCAAACCAGCCUGGGAACCUACGGAAACCGAAAGUCCUACCAAGCAAAUCUGGACCUCUACAGAAACGGGCUGAAUCUGGAUGGUGGAAGGAGAUACUUCAAUGAACAGGAUUGGAUCAACAGAGAAAACUACUGA